CACAUUCAGGAAGUACAUAAUCUGCUGAAAGCCAAACGGGGGUGGAGGUGAAGACAUUAGAGGCGUCCCGGCCUGCCGCUUCUAGGCUCCCUCUGCUUACUGGUCACAUUCUUCAGCAGCCAUACUUCAAUUUUUGAAAAUGAAAAUAUCAAAGGUUACAGGACAAGACCGCUCACUGUGGCACGUGCUCGGCACUGUAACAGUGUGCCUGGUGAUUGUUGGCACUGGUGUAUUGGACACGGUCAGUACAGAACUUGGUUACAGUCACUACGCUGAAAAGCCUAUACCAGGAUUUCCUGGUUUCCUCUCCAUGCCCUUUAACUCCCUCAUUAACCUCGGAUACGUUAUACUGGGUAUAUACUGGCUAGCCCAAGAUGAAAAGGCUACAGUAAUGAAAGGCCAGAAUGGACGUUAUCUGAAGAACAUCUUUUCCUGGAUGGCAAUGGUAUAUGGACCAGUCCAGUGGGCCAGGAUAUGGACUCAGACACAAUGGGCUGCAGUUCUAGAUCAGUGGUUUACGUUGCCUAUUUUUGCUUGGGCGAUUAUCUGGUGCAACUCUAUACUAAACAGCUGGGGCAGUAAACACUUCCUAGCGGUAGAGUUCUUCUCGCUGAGCAGUUAUUUCCUGAGUAACGUCCAUCCACAAGGAUUUGAACUGGCCCUGGCCGUACAUAUCCUAUGGGCUUUUACCUGUGGACUGAGACUGCAAAGAAAAUACGGAGAUGCAACUUCAAGGAUGUACUUUGUUCUGGCUUUCGUAUCGUGUCUUGGGUUUGUUAUUCUGAAGCUUCUCGAUCACUGGUUGGCACAGUAUUUCGUUUUUCAGAGACUCACCGGACACUUCUGGUCAAAAAUAUGUGACAUCUUGCAAUUCCAUUAUGCUUUUUGCUUCUUAACGUACCUAGACCACUGCAGAUCAACCAAGGUGAAGAAAUAGGAUGCAAGCCAUUUACACGGUCUUAGGCAGGGAGGCCUUUCCAUCGAUGGAAUCAAGUCCCGUAUAGCCGAAAGACAUCCUUCAAUUAUGCCUCAAAAUGAACCCUGGUUGAGAGCACAGGUUAAUACAAUCGGGGGAAAAGGGGGUCCUUUAAAAUGUUGUUUUUAUAAUCAGUAGAAAAUAAAAUUUAUGGUAUUUGCACA